AUGAGACGUACCGAAACAAUUCGGCCAAAAGAUCGCAAAUAUGAGGCGUUGGUGCGACACUGGUUGAUUUUCAAGCAAUUUGUAGUACUGAGACGUCGCCUGCUAUUCCGUACAUAUGUGCUUACACCUCUGGGUGUGAUAUUAGUGAUGGCUUUACUAUAUGGGGUCGACCGAUUGAUUAAAAACUGUAUCAAGAUUACUUUCCCGGCAAGUGUGGCAGUCAUGUUGAUAAAUUUUGCCUUUAUGUGCAUACUAGCAUCGUUCAGGAGACCGUACAUUGAUUUUUACCUUAAUGUUAUUGAUGUCCCAUUAAGUUGGGCACUUCGAUGGAUGAACGUUUUCUUUACCCCAGCAUUUGUUACUCUACCAUUGAGUCCUUGGAUAUCAUAUAAGGAGGCUUUACUAAUAGUCGCGGUCUUUGUGAUAGGAUACCUGAUAUCUUUUGCCUUGCUUUCAUACAUCACCAUGCUGGGGCAAAAGGUGACGAGAUCUUUUAAAUUGAAGUCGAUCUUUGUCCGACAAGAUGAAUUACAUAAUGGGAUGCAGGAAGGUUCCAGUUUUGCCCCACCAUCUACUCACAAGCGGAGCAGUAGUACGUCUAGUGAUAUUGGGGAAGAAGAACCCGUAAACGGCAAUGAAUCGACUAACUCUUCUAUUCGAAUUUUUUACGCGGAAUCUGAUGAGAUGGAACCACACGAUCCACUGCUCGAUUUGGCUAACAACUCUGGCAUAUCACUUUCACAGCUCAAUUCAAGAGCUACUUCAGGACUCCACUCCAUUGUAUCUCCGAAGCACCUACCUAGUGACACUAUUGAGCCAGGCGAAGAGGCUAUUGAGAUUGGACCAUCACGUAGAACAGUGACUAACGGCCCUUCGCAAAAUCAUCACAUUUCGAAUGGUACUUUUUUAAGGAAAUUGAAACCAGUAAUACACAAAAAUCCGGAGGUUCACUCAGCAAUGACGGUAAGUUCAUCAGAAAGCCCCAAUAUCUGCCAGCGUGCGAUCACCAGACAGUACUCAAAACAAAUCGAUCUUUAUUUUUCGAUCAGUAUGUGGGAUGCUCAUUUGCACCAUAUCCUUUAUGGACUUGGAUUUUUCGCAACCAUUUUCACAUACUAUUUCCAAUGGUACACUACGCCAUUCCAUUUGUUCACAGCCGUUUGCAUGUUUAUGAUAGUGACAGAUUCUGAAUACAUUGUUAAUCGUCCCAAACUGAAAAAGUUCGCGCAUCCAGUCAUUUGUUCAAUGGCAUUAACCUGGAUUGUCAUGCUAAUUUCUGUCAUGAUCAAACAUAGGAAAGUGGUUUACUUUCUGCGAGAGCUCAGGAGCUAUAAGACUGGCCGCAAUUAUCUACGCUUGUUUGACAAUGACAACUACGGCUACCACCAGUGGCCAGGUGCUGGUGACAUCUUUUCAAGUUGCAUGGACGUUUCGAUCGUCGGGCUAUCGUUACCAAUGUAUACCUAUCGCAAAGAUCUGAAAAGGCAUUUUUUCAGCAUGGUACCGCCAAUUCUAAUAUUCACAGCAGCUACCUUGUUUCUCAACCCAUUGAUUUGUUACAAGAUUGGAAUAUCGUCGAAGCGAGCUAUCGGAUUUGCAGGUCGAAGUGUCACUUUAGCCCUCGGGACUCCACUGAUAGCUAAUCUAGACGGCGAUCAAACCGUCAUGGCUGUCACAACCGUAAUGAGUGGGGUCAUAGGUGCCCUAACAGGAGGACGCAUGUUCGACUUCAUCAGGGUCCCAGAAGAUGACUACGUAACAAGAGGUCUCGCACUGGGCUGCAAUUGUGGCGCAAUUGCCACUGCGUAUCUACUGGGAGUUGACAGAAGAGCAGCUGCCAUUAGUUCGCUUUCUUUUGUCUGCUACGGUGCGCUCAUGGUCAUUCUCAGUGCCAUCGGCCCCAUCAAGCAUUUCGUGCACCAAUUGGUUGGCUUAAACUAA